GUUAGCCACUAAGAAAGCUCAGUAAGAAAAAUCAGUUAGUGCCUAUCUAGCUUCCUCGGAUACAGAAAGUUUCUCAAGGACUCAACAGAACAAUAAUGGAUCUUAAGCUUGGUUUUUAUGUUCUCUCCCUAAAUAUCCUAAUUCAGCUGGUUGCUUAUGGAGCAGAAGCUAGGAAAAUGGUUGAAGGGAACCUGCAGGGCAAAAUAUUGAACUCUCCACUUGGUCAAAUUGGUGACGACACUCAAAAUUACUUGAUAUACAACAACAAAGGAGACAACAAUCAUCAACAAGCCAAAACAGAGAAUGCCCAAAUUGGUGUAACAUCAUAUGGAAAUUUGCAAAAUACAGACGACACUGAAAAUUACUUGAUAUACAACAACAAAGGAGACAACAAUCAUCAACAAGUCAAAACAGAGAACGCCCAAAUUGGUUUAUCAUCAUAUGGUGAUCUGCGUAAUGAGGACGACACUCAAAAUUACUUGAUAGACAACAACAAAGGAGACAACAAUCAUCAACAAGUCAAAACAGAGAACGCCCAAAUUGGUUUAUCAUCAUAUGGUGAUCUGCGGAAUGAGGACGACACUCAAAAUUACUUGAUAGACAACAAUCAUCAAGAAGCAAAAACAGAGAAUGCACAUAUCCAUUCAUCAUCCCACAUUGAUCCUUCUUUAAGAGUUUUCUUCCUUAUGGACGAUCUAAAGCUAAGAAAAGAAAUAUUUAUCUCCUUUCCAAGAAGGGAUCUUUCUCCCUCUCCAAAAUUCUUGAGCAAGGAAGAAGCUAAUUCCAUUCCAUUUUCACUAAAGGAACUCCCAAACCUCCUUCAACGUUUCUCAUUCUCUCGUAACUCUCCAGAGGCGAAAGCUAUGGAAGAAACACUGAAAGUAUGUGGGAUUCCACCUAUAAAAGGAGAAACAAAGUACUGUGCCACAUCACCAAAGGCAAUGAUUGAUUUUGUUCAAGAAAUAAUGGGAGAAAAAACAGAAAUCAAAGCUCUAUCCACAACUCAUUUCUCAAAUUCAACUCCCCUGCUUCAAAAGUAUACUAUUUUGGAUACUCCAGAAGAAGUAGAAACUCCUAAGAUGGUGGCAUGUCAUACCAUGCCUUACGCUUACGCGAUUUUCUACUGUCAUCACACAGUUAGCAAGAGCAAAGUGUUCAAGGUUUCAUUAGGUGGCGAAAAUGGUGAUAAAGUGGAAGCAAUUGCUGUUUGUCACUUGGAUACCUCUGAAUGGACUCCAUCUCACGUAUCUUUUCGAGUGCUCGGUAUAUCAUCAGGAACAUGCCCAAUUUGUCACUUUUUUCCAUCAGAUAAUCUACUCUGGGUUCCAAAAUUCGCCAUUGCAUAAGUGAUUUGAAGGAGCACUCUCUCCAUGUUAUCAGCAGCUUUGUGUGCUACUGUUUGAUUACUACCUGUUAUUGUGAAUUAGUAAUAUUUUCAUGCAUCUUUUCUGUACUGUUUCAGUGUGCCUCUUGUUUUGCUCACUUUUCAAUGGUGAGAUAUAAAUAAAACUAGUAAUAUGAUUUUCUGGUUGA